UCUCUACUGAGAGUAUCCGAUCCUUCUAGAGCCCUAGUUUUACACUCUCUCUCUCUCUCUAGGGAAAAUUCGCUAGAUCUGAACUCAGAACCCUCGCAAUUCGUUCGUAGCUCUUUAUUCAUUUCCGUCUGAGCAAUGGCUUUGGUUCUACACACUUACAAGGGAAACAAAGGUGCCUACAAGGCACUCAUCGCUGCAGAGUAUGCAGGUGUCAAGAUCGAGGAGUCCUCCAACUUUCAGAUGGGCGUCACCAACAAAUCUCCCGAGUUUCUCAAGAUGAACCCCAUUGGAAAGGUUCCCGUGCUUGAGACUCCACAAGGUCCCAUCUUUGAGAGCAAUGCCAUCACCCGAUACGUGAGCCGUGUGAAUGGUGACAGCCCUUUGAAUGGAUCAUCCCUCAUUGAUUACGCUCACAUUGAGCAAUGGAUUGAUUUUGCCUCGUUGGAGAUUGAUGCUAACAUGCUGAGGUGGUUCGCUCCAAGGAUGGGCUAUGCUCCUUUCUCUGCUCCUGCUGAGGAAGCUGCUAUUGCUGGAUUGAAGAGAGGACUUGAUGCUCUUAACACCCAUCUCGCCUCCAACACUUACCUCGUUGGACACUCUGUUACCCUCGCGGAUAUUGUAACCAUCUGCAACUUGAACUUGGGAUUUGCCACCGUGAUGACCAAGAGCUUCACCUCUGAGUUCCCUCAUGUUGAGAGAUACUUCUGGACAAUGGUCAACCAACCCAACUUCAAGAAGGUGAUUGGUGAUGCCAAGCAGACCCAAGCUGUCCCUCCUGUUCCUUCUAAGAAAGCUGCGCAGCCUGCAAAGCCCAAGGAGGAGCCUAAGAAGCCUGCCCCUGCAGCAGAGGCACCCAAGUUUGCUGAGGAGGAAGAAGCACCAAAGCCCAAGGCCAAGAAUCCUCUUGAUUUGCUACCACCUAGCCCAAUGGUUCUUGAUGAGUGGAAGAGGCUUUACUCCAACACCAAGUCCAACUUCCGUGAGGUUGCAAUCAAAGGAUUCUGGGACAUGUACGAUCCAGAGGGAUACUCGCUAUGGUUCUGUGACUACAAGUACAACGACGAGAACAUGGUUUCGUUUGUUACACUGAACAAGGUUGGUGGGUUCCUCCAGCGAAUGGACUUGGCACGUAAAUAUGCCUUUGGAAAGAUGCUCAUUUGCGGGUCAGAGGCUCCUUUCAAGGUGAAGGGUUUGUGGCUGUUCCGUGGACCAGAAAUCCCCAAAUUCAUUAUGGAUGAGGUCUACGACAUGGAGCUCUACGAGUGGACCAAAGUUGAUAUCUCUGACGAAGCACAGAAAGAGCGUGUUAGCCAGAUGAUUGAAGAUGCCGAGCCUUUUGAAGGUGAGGCUCUUUUGGACGCCAAGUGCUUCAAGUGAGAGAUGCUCUUCUUCACCCCCACCUCUAUCUCCACAGGGUGCUUACUCUGUUACUAGUGUUUUGAUAUCUUCUAGAGUCCUUGCAACCUUUGAAUCGUAGAGUUUUGUUUUCCAUUUGGGAUUUAACAACUGCUCUUUUGUGACAGAAUUGCCUAAAACUCCUCUUUCUAUGUUGUCAUCUUUCUAUUGGUUUACAUCCAUUUUGGUUUCGACUUUAGAUUGGUUUAUUCGAAAUUCGUGGCACUUAUAAAUUA